AUGUCUUCUCACGCUUCUUCACCUUCUUCACCCUCCUCACCUUCAAGCAUAUACACCGACGAAGAAAUAAUAACUCAGCUUAAUAAAACAAAAUUACAGGCUUUCUCGUCAUAUAAUUCAUUAGAUAAACUGAAAACAUUACUCCGUAAAUAUAAAGUCAAUGGUGAAAAAAUUACAUGUAUAAAACAAUUUAAUCCAGUUUACGAAGAAAUCGGUGAUGAUGAUAAAGCUCUCAAACGGUGUAUGAAGGAAAUUAUAUUAAGACUUUCGAAUUUGGAGACCAUACAAGACAGUACCAAUGAAGCAACCCGUUGUGUUUUUAUUACAUCUAUCCUAAACGCAUCAAUUGCAAUUACUCGAAAACUCACCAACAAUGAAAAAAUAUAUAUUGCAUACCAAGAUGAUGUAUCCGGCGAAGAUAGCUCUGGACGUGUUGAUUAUUCAAUCAAAGGCUAUGAGGAUCUUAUAUGUAUAGCUGAGGGAAAACCACGCAAUGUUGAAAUUGG